UGAUAAGGACUCCCCCUCUACCAGGUGAGCUACCGGGGCUGGAUAGAUUUAUGGAAACAUCAUGUUUAGGGUUAAAAUAAGCACUUUGUUAAGGUUAGGAGACUUUUGUCGUCUUGCUUACCAUAAUAACCACAUGGUUAAGGUCAGGGAACGAUUGUGGUCACGGUUUAAAAAUAACAAUGUUGACGAUAAGUUGGAAACAGGAAAAGAACAGCGGCUGAAUCUACUGAGUCUGACGUUGUUCUUGGGAAGACAAAGAGAAGCUGCGCUUGAAUUUCCAUAGAUUUGCCUACGAACAGUAAUGAAAGAGCUGGGGUCGCAUGUUGAGACACACAGUCCACAGGUCAGCAUGAUGAUGGAGAGGAUCUUGCUGGGUGUCUUGAGUCUCUCAGGGUGGCUCAUCACCUCCAUAUGCCUUCACCGUCAGUACCACUAUGUUGCUGAUCCAAAGACUUGGACUGAAGCUGCCUCCUACUGCAGACGGACAUACACAGACCUGGUCAGCAUUGAAAACACUGAAGAAAUGAACCAACUUAUGAACACUGUUUCAUCUUCCGGCCACAACUCUGAAGUCUGGAUUGGUCUGUACAGUGUAAUCGUCUGGAGGUGGUCUGAUGGCUACAGAGGGACUGGGUCUGAAUACAGGAACUGGGACCCCAGAUACAGUGAACCAAAUUUUUAUUCAGGUCGAACACAGCUGGAUCCUGAAUUUGUUUUUGUGAAUGAAAGAAUGAGUUGGUCCAGUGCUCAGAGGUACUGCAGGGAGAACUACAUAGACCUGGCCACUGUGAGGAACGACACUGAGACUCAGGAGAUCCAGAGUUUGGUGCCGAGUCAAGACCGGGCAUGGAUUGGCCUAUUUAGAGAUCCCAAUUUCAAUUGGUCUGAUGGUAGCAACUACAAAUUCAGCUACUGGGAUGCCGUUAAAAACCCACUUGGCUCAUUGACACAUGUAUGUGGUGUUGCUAUGCAAAGUUCAGGAAGAUGGAGGGCUUUUGACUGUGAAAGGAGAUUACCGUUUGUCUGCUACAGCCUCCCUGCAAAUAGGCAGGUAGUAAGGCUGAGGAUGAAGCCGGAGGACUCCUCUCUGGAUCUGAAUGACCCUGCUGUGAAAGCAGACAUCCUGAAAAAGCUCCAGGACAGACUGGAGACGAAAGUAGCGGGAGCCACCCUGAAAUGGAGAGAGCAGCCUGAUGGGAAGGUCUUCUUCAAGGAAGGGAAAAGUUCUAAGAAGAAAGAAAGAAAAAAGACGGACCUCAUUGUGGACUGGAUGCAGACUUAUCAGAGACAGUACCACUAUGUUGCUGAUCCAAAGACUUGGACUGAAGCUGCCUCCUACUGCAGAUGGACAUGGACAUACACAGACCUGGCCAGCAUUGAAAACACUGAAGAAAUGAACCAACUUAUGAACACAGUUUCAUCUUCCGGCCACAACUCUGAAGUCUGGAUUGGUCUGUACAGUGCAAUCGUCUGGAGGUGGUCUGAUGGCUACAGAGGGACUGGGUCUGAAUACAGGAACUGGAGAACUAGUUACACUGAACCAAAUUUGUAUAGAGGUCUUGAGUUCUGUGUGCAAACUGGAGGUGAUGGAAGGUGGUGGGAUGAGGUUUGCAAUUAUAGAUAUCCAUUUAUCUGUUACGGAGGUGAGGAUCUAGCGAGGCAUGUUUUGAUCUUGAAAAAGUUUUAUUUUGAAUUUCAGUAUGUGACAUUUCCUCCUCCACCCCCUCUAACCCUAACUGCAGGAACACAGCUGGAUCCUGAAUUUGUUUUUGUGAAUGAAAGAAUGAGUUGGUCCAGUGCUCAGAGGUACUGCAGGGAGAACUACAUAGACCUGGCCAAUGUGAGGAACGACACUGAGACCCAGGAGAUCCAGAGUUUGGUGCCGAGUCAAGACCGGGCAUGGAUUGGCCUAUUUAGAGAUCCCAAUUUCAAUUGGUCUGAUGGUAGCAACUACAAAUUCAGCUACUGGGAUAACGAUGUAAACCCACUUGGCUCAUUGACACAUGUAUGUGGUGUUGCUAUGCAAAGUUCAGGAAGAUGGAGGGCUUUUGACUGUGAAAGGAGAUUACCGUUUGUCUGCUACAGCCUCCCUGUAAAGAGGCAGGUAGUAAGACUGAGGAUGAAGCCGGAGGACUCCUCUCUGGAUCUGAAUGACCCUGCUGUGAAAGCAGACAUCCUGAAAAAGCUCCAGGACAGACUGGAGACGAAAGAAGCGGGAGCCACCCUGAAAUGGAGAGAGCAGCCUGAUGGGAAGGUCUUCUUCAAGGAAGGGAAAAGUUAUCAGAAGAAAGAAAGAAAAAAGACGGAGUUCUGAAAUUUAAACCCAACUUUAGCUGUGCUUAUAGGCUUAUCAGAAACCCAUGGUGAACAUGCAUCAUAUGUGCUAUAAAAUGUAGGGCUACUUGGUACGACGGUACGACGGAGUAUUAGGGCCACAUUGAGGGAAAAAAAUAAAUCUGAGAUUUCAAGAAUAAAGUCAUAAUAUUAUGAUAAUAAAGUCAAAGAUUUACAAGAAAAAAG